CGCAGUGGAGCUUGGUCACAUCCGGUUGUAUAUAAAGAGCCACGAGUUAGCGGCGAAUUUGGAGUGUCCAUUUUGAGCUGAGAUCCGGCGUCUCCCUCGUUUCCCCCCUUUCUUAAAGUUAGCAAUCCACCCUCACGAUGGCCGACUCUGACAUUCUGCUCAUGGAGACUUCAGAGCAGAACGGCAACGAGGGCGACGAGGACCAGAACGACGCCGCCGAAGCCGAGUUUAUGGCUGACGAUGACAGCCAGGCAGACGGCGGCAAAAUUGACGCCAGCAAAGGCGAAGAGGAUGCCGGCAAAAUGUUUGUGGGUGGCCUGAGCUGGGAGACCAACAAGAAAGACCUCAAGGACUAUUUCAGCAAGUUUGGCGAGGUGUCGGACUGCACCAUCAAAAUCGACACGGCCAGCGGGCGCUCCCGCGGCUUUGGCUUUGUGCUCUUCAAGGACCCGGCCAGCGUGGACAAGGUGCUGGAGCAGAGCCAGCACAAACUGGACGGCCGCCAGAUCGACCCCAAGCGGGCCCUGGCCAUGAAGAAGGAGGCCGUCAAGAAGAUCUUUGUGGGCGGCUUGAAUCCAGAAGCCACUGAGGAGAGCAUAAGGGCGCACUUUGGGGCCUUUGGAGAGAUCGAAACCAUUGAGCUCCCCCUGGACCCCAAGUCGAAGAAGAGGAGGGGCUUCAUCUUUAUCACGUACAAAGAUGAAGCCAGCGUCAAGAAGUGCUUGGAAAAGAAGUUCCACAACAUCGAGGGCGGCAGGUGUGAGUUGAAGAUCGCCCAACCCAAGGAAGUGUACCAGCAGCAACAGCAGCAGCAAUACGGCGGAGGACGUGGCGGCGGCGGCGGCGGCUACGGUGGCCGAGGGGGCCGAGGAGGACGCGGAGGCCAGAGCCAGGGCUGGAACCAGGGCGGCUAUGGAAGCUACUAUCAGCAGGGAUACGGCGGUCAAGGCUACGGCGGCCAAGGCUACGGCAGCUACGGCGGCUACGGGGGCUACGACUACCCCUCCGGAGGCUACUACGGAUAUCCCGGAUACGACUACAGCCAGGGCAGCGCCAGUUACGGCAAGGCUCCUCGACGGGGCCACCAGAGCACCUACAAGCCAUACUGAUGCGCGCAACGCGGCAGAAUCCAGCAAGAAACAAACCAACGCGGCGGCGGCGGUGGCGACUCCUUUUAUGACAGAAGACCAUUUGUACAGAAAACAUCAGAAAUGAAACUUUUCCAUGUUUUUUUUUUUUUUUUUUUUUUUUUUUUUAAAUUGUAUGCUUUCAUUUUUUAGGUUUUACUUUUCCCUUCAGUGUUUUUUUUUUUCUUCCAGUUUUUUUUGUCCCUCCCCCCCCAACAUUUCCAUUGAAAGGAAGUGUAAUUUGACUGUACUUUUUGGUACCUGUUUUGAUUCUAAUGUAUUGCUAAGGGUAUUUUACAUGUCAGCUAGCUUUACAGGUUGGGCGUCUUGGCACUGUAAAGGAGCUUUUUUGACAAAUAAAAAACAAAACCAAAUUGUAA